CCUUCCCACCAAAGACACUGCAAUUGCGGAGGGAGAAAAGGGGGGAAAAAAAUCAACAACAACCAUGUCCCGAGCAGUUGCGCGAAAGAAUCAAAUCGUCAAACUCAUUGUAGGUGCGGGACAAGCGAGCCCUUCACCACCAGUUGGUCCGGCAUUGGGUAGCAAGGGAGUUAAGUCAAUGGACUUUUGCAAAGAGUUCAACGCCCGCACAGCACACAUAACACCCGGCACGCCCACCCCAGUACGCAUAACCGUUCGCCCAGACCGCUCAUUCACCUUCGAUGUCCGCACUCCCCCAACCUCAUGGCUACUCAAGAAAGCCGCAGCUCUACCACUCGAUAAAAAGGGUCGUAUGAAGGGUGCCAGCAAUCCCGGGAAGGAAUGGGUUGGCGAGAUCGGGUUGAAGCAUGUUUAUGAGAUUGCGAAGAUUAAGCAGACUGAGGUUCGAUUGUCCGGAUUAAGUCUGAGGGCAAUUGCCGGUUGUGUGAUCCAUCAGGCGAGGACAAUCGGGAUUAAGAUCGCCAUGUGAUAGUAGCGAUCUGGUUGUCCGGGGAGGGGAGGGAUGUAUGAUAUGAUAAGAUAUGCUGUGGUUUAAAAAGAAAAAACCCGGCCGACACUGGAGGCUCUAGAUAGACUCCACAUGGUCGUUUCGUUACUGUAUCAUACUCUAGUACUUAUUUAAAAUAGAAUUGUGACUAGACAUGUAAA